AUGGCUGCGGAAACAAAGCAGGGCAAUCCGCUGGUGGAGGCUCUUCCGCCGGCAACUGACUACCUUACUUAUCUCACUCUCGUUGAGCAGGUCCUUACCGAGGACAACCUGCCUAUUUUGCACCAGGUCCUACAAGAUACUGAACUCACUGUCAAUAUUGGGUGGGAUUUGGUUCAUAUACUGCUUCCACUACUUCCGUCUUCGGAAGAAUGCCUGCAGGAUGUUGCUGCGAAAGGCAAUCCGAGGGAGGUCAUCUUGAAGGUCACGGAAGCUUUGAGAUUGCUAGAAUUCGAGGACAGAGAACGCGACUCUGAUGAUGAAGAGUAUGACAAGCCGACAGGAGGAUCUUUAAGCAAAGCAGCGGCGAUUGCUGUUGGAGAGUCGAGCAUGUCGCCUGCGCUCCCGGAUACCGUACUUCCACCACUACCUGUCCUGAAAUUCGAAGUUUUGCUCGACCUUUUGGCCACAUUGCACAGUCGCGUCAAGGCAAAGUACCCUAGCCGGUUCCUAGCAACCAGCUUGCAAGCAAUUCUGACAGCUUACAAUCGCGCGACAUCACACCGAGACGAGCUCACAUUGUCUGCCAUCAAGCUUGUCAAGACCCUCUCGGGGACGAAGAGACCACACCUACCUCCACGAACACCCAGUGGCAACUUACUCCGUACUAUGUUACAUCGAUCGGAACCUGAUCCUGAAGCGCAAAGCGAGUCGCCGACCGCAGAUGAAAACACGCUUACCAAUCGCCUACUGCAGUCAUUCCUUACGCAUGUUAUGGAAGACUACAUCCUUACGCUUGCCUCAGAGGACGAUGUACCGGGCUUCGCUUGGUCUAGCAGGCUUAUGGAAAAGUACGAACCCAGCCGGAUAAGGCCUGACAAGCCCAAGUACGGCGACCGCUUUGCCAAUGAAGACGCCCUCAAGUCACGGUCCGCCAUAGUAGGGCAGCUCGUUGCUUUGGCGCAAGACUUAGGUCUCAAGACGCAAGAUCUAGUUACGGCCAUCAUGGACCCAGAGACAGAGAAGCAAGGCAUACCCGGCGGAGAAGAUGAGCCACCGAAUACUGCCGAGGAUAUCCCGUUGUCGAAGACCGGUGCCUUGCUGCUAUAUACCGCAAGGACCGUGAAGCAAGAGCUGUAUACAAAUGUCAGCAGCGACGACGCGCCAUUCAUUCACAUCUUCCCAGACCAUGCAGCCAUCCUACAAAAUUACGUUGGCAUCAUCGGUCAGCAGACGGUUGGAAUGGAGCCUGAAGCACUUCUUGACUCCAUCCUCGCUCUUGGUCUGAUAGCCGUGGAGAAGAACGCUGUUGGUGAACCUACCGACGAUGAGGCAUUCGCAAAAUACCUCCAGACGACAUCCCUCAUCUCAGCGAAUACGCCGUCGCCGAGCUUGAGGUAUCAUGCACACUACCUCACCUCCACAAUUUUACGCUCCCAUCCAUCCAGUAUUGUAAGAUUGACCUUCAUACGCGACACGCUGGAACAUUGUCCAUAUGAGAACCUCAAGGCCAGCGCCGUGACAUGGCUAAAGGGUGAGACACUUGAGGCGAACCCCAGCAUCCCCGCAACCUCCUCGUCUUCACAAGUCCACGAGCACGACGAAUCUAAUGACUCCGAAGAAGCGUCUGUAUUUGCUACACCCGUCGCACUGCACACCACUGCGCCAUACCUAUUCCCGGACCUGACGUCGACUUACAACUCCGCCACAGAUCUCUCGGAGUCCUUCAUGCAGUUCCGACAAGAGUUGGGCUUCUAUCUCGCUACGUUGAACUUCUAUUAUCUUCUCCUCUCGGCGAAACCUUUGCAUGAUGCGCUCGACAUUCGCACUUUGCACAAGGAAAGUAGGUUAGAGGAGCACUACCUUUCGCCGCUGAAGGAUGUUGUAGUUAGGUUUAAGGGGGGGCUUGGCUCAGGAUGGAGAGUUAGUGGGCGACGAGAGUGA